GCUUUUCUUUGUGCGCCAUCUUGUUCAGAGUGACGGGUCUCUGGGAGCGGUCGGUGGGUCGGUGAGGAUCAGCUUUAACGGGACUGUUACCGAGGAUGAAGAUGAUGAUGAUCGUGCUCCUCUUACUCAAGUAACGGAUCUGUUUCUGAGAGCGGUCGGUGAUUUCAGCUGUCAGUGAGGAUCAACGGGACUGCUACAGAGGAUGAAGAGGAUGAUGAAGAUCAUGCUCCUCUUAAUCGGUGUGUGUGUGCUGCUGCUGUCUGCACCGACUGUUUCUGCAGUGUCUCUGUCUGUCAGUCCAAACCUUCAGCAGGUCUUCAGUGGAUCUUUAGUGGAUCUGAGUUGUGUUGAUGAUGGACAGACAGCUGAUGGAUGGACAGUGAAGAGGACCAGAGGAGGACUCACUGAGGACUGUGGAGCAGCUCCAGGCUUUGGGAGGCUUCUUGGUUCCUACUGUGUUGUGGAUCUUUCUGCUCCCAGUGAAACCUUCUGGUGUGAGGACUCCUCUGGACAGCAGAGUGACAGAGUCUCCUUCAGUGUCCAAUCAGACACUAGAGAUGAAGGUGUCAUCCUGGAGAUCCCUGCACUUCCUGUGAGGACAGGAAGUGAUGUCAUUCUGCGCUGCAGACAGAGGAAUGGUGCCACAGUCGCAGCUUAUUUCUUCAUCAAAGGAAGUCGUCAUGGUCUUACACGAGUGCACAUCAUCACUAACAUCCAGCAGGCUGAUGAAGGUCUCUACUGGUGUUCUACUGAUCAGGGUGGAAAGUCUCCUCAGAGCUCUCUGAGGGUCAGAGAUCCUCCUACAAUCAUCCAUCCUCCUCCUCACUGUCCUCCUCCAAGCACCUCCACAAACUUUGCUCCUCCUCUUACUUGUCCUCCCUCUCCUCCUUUCCCAGCAUCCACCUGUCCUCCUCCUCCUCCUUCCUCUCUCCUGGUCCCAGUUGUAGCAGGUCUGGUUUCUGGGCUUCUCCUGGUUCUGGUUCUGGGUUUGUUUCUGUUUCUCUGCUGGAAACUCAAAGGAACACGAACCAAGAACAGGAACGUCUGACUGCUGAAGAAACAGUCUGAGGAGGAGGAGGAGCUGGUGAUGAAGAGCAGCGUGUGGUUUAUACUGUAUCUGUUGUGUAUUCAGCCCUGAGGAAGAUGAAGAUGCAGCUUUGCUUUGGCCUUCCUCUGCUAACAGCUAACAGCUAACUGACCUCAGCCAGAUGUUCUGCAGCUGUUUGUCUAACAUUAUAAGUUUAUAAUGAUGAUGACCCCAAACGUGUUUCUGCUGUUCUGAUGGAUCUCCACAGAGCGUCCUGACUCUGUGUCACAUGUUAGCUUCAUGUGGGUCAAAAGUCAAAGCUGCUGACUGUCAGGAAGCAUCAAACAUCAUGAAACACCCCCUCUGACCUCAGAGCUCCCUGAGGCCACACCCACACUUCCUGUCAGUGCCUCUGAUUGACAGCUGCCUCCAUCAGUAUCAUAUAUAUCCAUAUAAUCACCCCAAGGUCACUGAUGUUGGUGCUGUAUGAACCACAUUAAAUAUUAACAUCUCAUGUCUCUCUGUCACAUUUACAGUAUUUAAUCAUUUUCUCUCACAGUUCUUCACAUUUGUGUUGUGGGUUUGUUGUUACAGGUUACACAGCAGCUUCUGUUUCUUGUGUUUCUGCCCAGUUUGACCCAUUUAGCAGAAGUCAGCCUGUUUAAGGCUCUGAUAUCUAUUCUGUAUGACUUAAAGCAGUUAUGACAUGGUCUGAUUUUAUCACCCAAUA